GGCUCCACCUCAGCUCCAGAGGUCUCUCCAUCUCUCUCUGCACGCAGAAGGAAAUUUCACACAGAGGGAGGAAACACCAUGGCAAAAGAUCCCCAGGAGAUCUCUGAGGAAUUCUAUGUCCAAGAUGCACAAACACCUAAAGCUACGAAAGAACUCUCCAAGAGAUACAAGAUCUGUGGGGUGUUGCUUUGCAGCCUAGUGCUCUCUGUCAUCCUGACGUUUCUUGGGUUCUAUUAUUUUUUGAAUCCGCCACCUAAAAAAAUCUAUGACAUGGAGCACACAUUUUUCAGCGAAGGAGACAAGCAGAAGAUACUGAUGAAGAUAGACCCUCAAAGCAGGACAGAGAUCUUUCAAACUGGAAAGGGCAACAAGGAGGUUCUGGAAAUACAUGACUUCAAAAAUGGAAUAACAGGCAUCUUUUUUGUGGGAGACCCGAAGUGCUUCAUCCGAAACCAGAUUAAAGGGAUUCCUGAAACAUCCAACGUGGACAUGGAGGAGCUGGAAGAUGAGGAAAUUACAGAUACCUAUUUCGAGCAGUCUGUAGUCUGGAUUCCAGGGGAGAAGCCUAUUGAAAAUAAAGAUUUCCUGAAAGGUUCCAAGAUCUUUGAGCUCUGCAAGAAUGUGACUGUGUACUGGAUCCACCCGACCUUAUUAAGAGAGCCAGAACCUCUUGACUUUGAAAAUGAAGGUCAGGAGGAGGAAGAGGAAGAGGAUCAGAUUCUGAGAGACAAGCAAGACUGGGCUAGACAUCAGGAGGGAAAGGAAGAGCAACACUUGGCUAAGGAUGUAAGACCAAGUACCAAACGUCAGGCCCGGCAGCUCACAGAAGAGGAUUUCCCUGUGAAUGAUUACUCACAGAAUGGACUGGAGUUCCAUCCCCUGUGGGACGAGAGAGGAUAUUGCUGUGCCCAGUGCCGCCGUGCCCAUCGAUACUGCCAGAGGAGGCCAACAUUCUUCGCUUCCCACACCAGAAACCCCGCCCACCAGAAACCUCCCACGCACCUACCAAUCAGCAUCCUGUACGGUGUUUACUGGCAACAGGUUGAACCAAUCCAGUGACGACUUCUUUUGCCUAUGCUGCAAAGUUGUCUCCUCUGAAGGCAGCUUUGUAGAUGCACAGCCUGUGUAACUUCCCUGCACACAUUCAUGUUCCAAUGUGAGGACUCUCUUCUCCCAGCUGAUUGCCAAAGUGACUGGUGUAACUGUGCUAGGGCAGCACAGCCAAAGCCACCCUAAGGUGCCACAGCUUGAUGCCUCAAACCCUAGGUCAGAACUCUUUUUCUGACUGGUUGCAAAAUUUUACAGGAAAAGGUAAAUGUGUUUUUUAAAUUAAUAAAUUUUAAAAAACAACCACAAUUACUUAGAGCCACUCGAAUUUUCCCAGCCUCUCAACUUAGCUAGAGUUCCAUGCUGUGGCUUCACGAAGUAGAAAACACAAUCAUUUUCCACUCUAGCAGCCUGCUAAACAGCCACACGAGGGCAGUCCUUUGAAAGAAAUUUCUUGUCUAUAUCUAAAUUAUAGAAUCAUACAAUUAGAGAGUUGGGAUGCACCCAGUCAUGUAGUCCAGCUCCCUGCAAUGCAGGUAUGACAGCGAAAUAGUCCCUGACAGAUGACAAUCCAACCUCUGCUUAAAAACCUCCAGGGAAGGAGAGCCCACCACAGUCUCAAACAACUCUUGUUGCCAAAAAGUUCUUCUGCUUUCUUGACAUUUGAAUCCACUGGUUCGAGUCCUGCCCUUUGGGGGCAGCAGUAAACAAGCUUGUGCCGCGUGACAGCUCUUCAGAUAUAAUUUCAGAAGAAGCAAAGCAAGCCCAACCACAUUUAUAGCUUUGGCUCAAUACUCCCACAAGUUCCCCGUAGCAGUACAGUCCAGGGCUUGGAAUGAACUAGUCCAGUUUAACAAAGUUCACCGAAUUAGUCCAAGAUUUCUCAACUGUACCUGAAUGUAGUUCUCAGAACUGCCAGGUAAACAAAAUUUGUUUCCCAAUAAAACUUCAGUUUCCAGUUCAUCUCCUCUUACACUUUAGAAUCUUUGGGCCUUUGAGCUUAAAGGCUAUAAUUGUCGGUGGCAGGGGGGGGGUGCAAUUAAUCCAUUCACAUUCCACCAUGAGCUGGACACACGUGAACUGGAAUUAGCUCCUUUGGGGACAUGCCGAACUAGCUCUUUCAUAAUAUUUUCAGUCAUUGGAACAUAAAUGAAAAGGGGUGUCUUUCUGCAGGAUAGCAUCAAUGCCAUGCAUCCCUUUAGAGAUGAGGCAUCAGAUAUACAGCCCGCCAUUGGAAGAGGGCGUCUCUGCAUCUCUUAUUUCUUAACCUACAGGGCUGCCCAUUUCACUACAGUGGUACCACUGGAUGCGAACGGGAUCUGUUCCGGAGCUCCGUUCGCAACCAGAGCAGUGCGCAACCUGAAGUGCUGAAUCUGCACAUGCUCGCCGCGCAAGUCUUUACUUCUGCGCAUGUGCAAAUUGCCGAACACGGAAGUAACCUGUUCCGGUACUUCCGGAUUGGCGCGUUCGUAUCCCAUGGUGUACGCAAUCUGCACCAAACAUAACCAGAGGUAUGACUGUAUUGCUUUUUAAAAGGGGGGGGGGUAACAGUGCAAUUGAGAAGCACGUCUGCUUGCAACCUUAGGAGAUGCAUUUUUGUUGAAUUCUGUCACUGUCAAGGUGUGUGUGGGUGCUACACAAAGUUCAGCUGAAUUUCCAGCAGAUAUGAAAAAAGUGACUUCCCGUGAAGGCUAUGCAAGGAAGCUUAUUGCACAAUGAAAAAGUGUGUUUCAAGGUGCUGUUUUACUCUUGGUUCUUCACAGACCUCAGAUUACUGGCGCUACCUAGCUGCUCAGGUUUAGCAAUUUAUUAUUAUUAUUAUUACUAACUCACCGUUAGCUUAAUUGCUACCAAGUUAAGCCUUAUUUUCAUAUGUUAUUCUGUGUUUAGCUUCAUCUAUUGUUUACUUUUAGUUAACAUGCAAAGAAUAUGACCAGUGAGGCAAAUAUUAAAAUAUCUGCUCUGGC